ACGCAAACUCACGAGUCCGGACGUGCCCCAAAGCGGCUCACCGUCACUGAGCUUCACCCGGUCAAUACCGCCAGCCGGCUCGGCGCGAAGGCGGCCGCCGCGUACCACCAGAGUCCCAAGAGCCGCAGUGACCGCCGUGAAAAUCUCCGACACCAAGUGGCUCCCACCGCAGCCCCGCUACUCCAGAUCCCCUCCCCCACCCGGCGAAUGGGCCCGCCUUCCAGCCGCUCGCCGUCCGUCUUUCGCGCCUGCGUGAAUCUUGCUGCUGCGCGCGCCUAAAGCCACGCCUCCCGCGUUGGGCCACGCCCUCGGAGGCUCCGCCUGUCGUCCGGAUCCCACCCCUCCGCCCGCAGGACCCCGAACCCCAAUGAUCCUUCAGCAGCCUCUGGAGCGAGGCCCCCCAGGUCGGGCCCAGCGUGACCCGCGGGUCGCCUUGGGGGCGCCUCGAGGCCUGGACGCGAGCCCCCCUCUCCAAGGAGCUGUGCCCAUGAGCACCAAACGGCGCCUGGAGAAGGAGCAGGAGCCCCUGCGCAAGCAGUUCCUGUCUGAGGAGAACAUGGCCACUCACUUCUCUCGACUCAGCCUGCAUAAUGACCACCCUUACUGCAGCCCCCCUAUGGUUUUCCCCCCAGCUCUUCCCCCACUCAGGAGCCCUUGCUCUGAGCUCCUUCUCUGGCGAUACCCUGGAAACCUGAUCCCUGAGGCUCUACGGAUGCUGAGGCUGGGGGACACCCCUGCCCCCCACUAUCCUGCAACCCCAGCUGGGGAUGUAAUGGAGCUCUGAAUUCUGGCAGACAGUACCCCUGCCCACCCUCCUUCUCUCCAGUAGGGGAGACCAACACCCCCAUGAAGGGACCAGCUGCCCUGCUUUUCCUCCAGACCAGGCCUCUGGGCACCAGAACCUUCCCCCAAAAGAGGAUACUGAGCCCAACAGAACCCUGGGGUGGGAGGGCCAACAGCAUGGGAAUGGAGGCAUGCCCCCCCCCCCCAGAACUGAAUAAAGAUUGCUGAACAGA